AUGGCGUCCGUGACCAUCUCCGAUCGCUUCUCUGCGGCACCGCACGCGAACGAUGGAAAGCAUCACAUCCUGCUGGGGGCCAGCGGCUCCGUCGCUACGAUCAAGAUCCCUAACAUCGCACAGGCUCUGUCUCGACAUCCCGACGUGUCAAUCCGCAUUGUGCUGACCCGUUCGGCGGAGGAAUUCCUACAAGGCCAAUCGGCCGAACAACCUCUUCUCGAGUCCCUGCAGAAACUGCCAAAUGUGGACGGCAUAUACCACGAUGAAGACGAAUGGUCGAAACCCUGGGUCCGGGGUGAUAGUAUACUGCAUAUCGAAUUGAGACGAUGGGCGCAUGUUAUGCUCGUUGCACCUCUGUCUGCCAACACUAUGGCGAAGAUGGUCAACGGCAUCAGUGACGGCCUUCUGCUCAGUGUGAUGCGCGCAUGGGAUACUACCGGCCUGGUCGACAGUAGAAAGAAGAAGAUCUUCGUCGCACCCGCCAUGAACACCGCGAUGUGGAGGCAUCCGAUCACGCGAAAGCAGAUCAAGGUGCUGGAACAGGACUGGGGAAAUGAUCAAGAUGGAUGGGUCAGAGUGCUGAGACCCAUGGAGAAGGAACUGGCUUGUGGAGACGUUGGUGAUGGCGCGAUGAUGGACUGGAGAAAUAUUGUACAGCAUAUCGAAACUCAUCUAGAUCUUGUGGUACAGAAAGACGGAGUCAAUGGUCAGUGA